AAAUAUAGCAUUUGUUCUAUCUGACUGAAAACGUCGGUUUUUGAGAUUGAAUUGUUUCUCACUUUUUUCCCUACAUAUUCUAAGUGUAGUUAGUUAAUUUAUUAAUUUUUGGAUUUCAGGUUACACGCAAACAUGGGUUUGACUAUAUCUAGUGUAUUUACUAGACUCUUCGGCAAAAAACAAAUGCGUAUCCUUAUGGUUGGCCUUGAUGCUGCGGGCAAGACUACUAUACUUUAUAAACUAAAAUUAGGAGAGAUCGUGACUACGAUACCGACUAUUGGUUUUAAUGUUGAAACUGUAGAAUAUAAAAACAUCAGUUUUACAGUGUGGGACGUCGGCGGUCAAGACAAAAUCAGGCCACUAUGGCGUCAUUAUUAUCAAAAUACCCAGGGGCUUAUUUUCGUAGUAGAUUCAAGUGAUACCAAAAGAAUAGCGGAGGCUGAAGAAGAACUCGCAAAUAUGCUAAAGGAGGAUGAAUUGAAGGAAGCAGUUAUAUUGGUGUUUGCAAAUAAACAAGAUAUGCCAAAUGCUAUGACGGCAGCGGAACUUACUAAUGCACUUAACUUAAACAACCUCAGGAGUCGCCGUUGGUACAUUCAAGCUACAUGUGCAACGCAAGGGCAAGGUCUGUAUGAAGGUUUAGACUGGUUGUCAAAUGAACUAGCAAAGAAGUGAGAUCCAAUAUAACAGACAGUCUCAGGGAACUAGUAUGCUGCACAUUCCCACAUUGACUGACAACUUUCAACAGAGUGAAUGUUGUUCAAUUCUAUCCAAAAGACUAUGAAAAAAUGUAAUGUAAUUAAUUAAUAGGGUAGGUAAUAGGGUCUUUUAUCACCCAUUAUUUCCUCUUAUUAAAAUUAUUAAAGUUUGCAAUGGUACUCGUAUGUACCUUAAAAAUUGAAUGCCAUGCUGACAAUUGGAAUGAACAUCAAAAUUUAAUAAUCUUUUAUAUCAUAUAUUAAAUAUUAUAUAUAGAAGUUCAUCAUGCUACAGUUUAUUAAAUAUUAAUUGGUGGUAAAAGCUCCAUAAGAUAUUCUUUCCAAUAUUCUAUCAAAGUUCAUCUUUAAAGUAAUAAAAAGAAUAUUGACAUAAAACUGUUAAGGAGGUCCAUUUUUAGUAUUUAAUUUUUAGUUUAUUUAUGUAAGAAGUAUAUAGUUUGCAAAUAAUGGUUUUCUAUUAUUUAAUAUGUUAAAAAAACAAAUAUUGUUUUGUAUCAGUUAUGUGUAUAGUGUGAUUUAUCAUUGAUGCAUUUACAUGUUUAUUAAAUUGUUUAAUGUAUGUCUAGAAAAUUUCCAGCACAAUAUAUUAGUAUGUAUCAGAGUACAUAUACCAUACCAACUAUUGGUUGCAAUAUGCAUGCUUACAAUUAUAUAAAGUGAUAACUGGUAAUAGUGACAAUAAAUUUCAAUUUAUUGCAAAUCAUGCCUUCAAUGACCAUUAUUAAUAAAGGCUAGAUUUAUAUUCAUUAAUUUAUUCUUUAAAAUAAUUUUAAUAUUGCAUAACAUAUAGUUAACUAUAGUGUUCUUGUCUUGUAUUCACCUAUUUUUCUGUAUAUUAAUGCAGCAGCAUUUUUAAUAGCAGUGUAUAUCAAUACAGCCAUAAAAUGGAAUAUACAACUGUUCCAUUUUAUGGCUGUAAGAAAAGAUUACCUACAUGAUUAAUUUGUCUUUGUAAUGUAAUGGAGUUUUGUGUGACUGGCCUAGGUAAAUUUACCAUCUUGCCUAUUUAUGACGUGAAACAGCAAUACUGUUUCAUAUAAGUAACUGUCUGAAGGGUAAGAUGGCCAGUGCAAAUUCCCAACACAAAAAACACGACAUGGUCCUCAGUAGUAGCAGCUGUGAGGGGCCAUGACUGACACUUUAUAUUCCGUGGGGUCCAUAUUGUUAUGUCAUUGGCCAUUAAGUGGACCAUCAUUUGGUACUUCCAGUAAAAUACAAAUGGGAUCUUAAUAUUUAUUUGUAUUGUCACGAUCUCUUUGUUACUAAAGUGCUAAUGUGAACAUAAUGUUAUAAAAAGUAUAUUAUCAUUUAACUAUUUACUUUUAAUGUAAGAUUUGGAUACAAUGUAUAUAAUGUAAAAUGUCCUAUUGGCCAAAUGAUACCUAUUUUAAUAUUGUCUAAUGUGAUUUAAUGUCUGCUUCAUUACCAUAAAUUUCAGCCUUUAAAAUGCGUUAAACGUUUUGAAAUAGUGGCAAAUAAAAUAUAGGUGUAAUUAAAAA